UCCUCUCUUACCGCGCUUCUCUCCUUCGUUUGCGAAGGGCCAAAGCAACUAAGAUCGGUAAAAGUUUUCAAACGGAAGAGGCGGCUGCGAGAGGGAUCGCGGCGAGAGGAUCCGAUCUGGUAUGAACGGAGUUGUCCUUUGCUUUUCCUUUGCUUGCCGUUUAGGGGGACACAGAGCGGGGCAGCCGCAGUGAAGAAGGCAGAGCCGACUCGGGGAAGCGAAGAGCGAGCCGAGGGAGCUGGCGCCGCCGGGAGCCGCGAAAAGCGAAAAGCUUUCCGACCGCCCAGAGCUCACCGGGGAACCGGUCCACGCGCGGAGCGACAGGCAGCCGGACCUUCGGAGCGCCGAGGCCCUGGGCGUGGGAGCGCAGCAACCGCGGGAAUCGACCGGGGCCUCGCCGGCGAUCAUGCACGCCGGGCAGUGACAGCCUCUGUGGAAUGUUGCUCGGCUUCCCUUUCGCCGGGGAGAAAACCGCCGUCGCCGCCUUCGCCGCCUCUUCCUCCUCUUCCACCACCUCCGCCUCUUGUGUCUUCUUCCUCGCUCGUGUCCGCGGGGUGGAAGAGCCCGGGCAGAGCCGGAGGCGCUCGUCCAAGAGCCAGCGUCGGGGCCAGCUCCGUCCCCCUCCGUCUCCUUUGCAUUGUUGCCGUUCAAAUCAAUGAACCGAGUUUUCCGGCUGGCCCAGAGCACCCACUAAAUCGGUUUGGAUGAUUCGCGACCUGAGCAAGAUGUACCCUCAAAGCAGACACCCGGCACCGCAUCAGCCUGCUCAACCCUUCAAAUUCACCAUUUCUGAAUCCUGUGAUCGGAUUAAGGAGGAGUUUCAGUUUUUACAGGCUCAGUACCACAGUUUAAAGCUAGAAUGUGAAAAACUGGCCAGUGAAAAGACGGAGAUGCAGCGACAUUAUGUCAUGUAUUAUGAAAUGUCGUAUGGGUUGAAUAUAGAGAUGCAUAAACAGGCGGAAAUUGUCAAGAGGCUGAAUGCCAUAUGUGCCCAGGUCAUUCCGUUCUUAUCCCAGGAGCACCAGCAACAAGUGGUGCAGGCUGUGGAACGUGCCAAGCAAGUGACCAUGGCAGAACUGAACGCAAUCAUUGGGCAGCAGCAACUCCAGGCCCAGCAUUUAUCACAUGGACAUGGCCUUCCAGUGCCUCUCACUCCACAUCCUUCCGGAUUGCAGCCACCCACCAUUCCACCCAUUGGCAGCAGUGCGGGCCUCCUAGCCUUGUCAAGUGCCCUGGGGGGGCAGUCUCACCUGCCAAUCAAAGAUGAAAAGAAGCAUCACGAUAGUGAUCACCAAAGAGACAGAGACUCCAUAAAGAGCUCAUCUGUAUCUCCAUCAGCAAGUUUUAGAGCCUCUGAGAAGCACAGAAACUCAACAGAUUACUCUUCUGAAAGUAAAAAGCAGAAGACAGAAGAAAAAGAGAUAGCAACUCGUUAUGAUAGUGAUGGUGAAAAAAGUGAUGAUAACUUGGUGGUUGAUGUAUCCAAUGAGGAUCCAUCAUCUCCACGAGGAAGCCCAGCACAUUCUCCAAGGGAGAACGGCUUGGACAAGGCUCGCCUACUCAAGAAAGAUGCGCCAAUUAGCCCAGCCUCAAUAGCAUCUUCAAGCAGCACUCCUUCUUCCAAAUCCAAAGAACUUAGCCUUAAUGAGAAAUCCACCACCCCUGUAUCUAAAUCAAAUACACCAACUCCACGUACUGAUGCUCCAACCCCCGGAAGUAAUUCUACACCUGGAUUAAGGCCUGUCCCUGGAAAGCCACCAGGAGUUGAUCCAUUAGCUUCAGGAUUAAGAACCCCCAUGGCAGUCCCAUGCCCUUAUCCUGCCCCAUUUGGAAUAGUACCCCAUGCUGGAAUGAAUGGUGAACUGACCAGUCCUGGAGCCGCAUACGCGGGUUUGCAUAAUAUCUCUCCUCAGAUGAGCGCAGCAGCCGCAGCUGCUGCUGCAGCCGCCGCCUAUGGAAGAUCUCCAGUGGUUGGUUUUGAUCCACAUCAUCAUAUGCGAGUCCCAGGCAUUCCUCCGAAUCUGACAGGCAUCCCAGGAGGAAAACCAGCAUACUCAUUUCAUGUAAGUGCUGAUGGUCAGAUGCAACCCGUACCUUUCCCUCCUGAUGCCCUCAUUGGGCCAGGAAUUCCACGUCAUGCUCGGCAGAUUAACACCCUAAACCACGGGGAAGUGGUAUGUGCAGUUACUAUUAGCAACCCAACAAGGCACGUGUACACUGGUGGAAAAGGGUGUGUCAAAGUCUGGGAUAUCAGUCAUCCAGGAAACAAAAGUCCUGUCUCUCAGCUAGAUUGUUUGAACAGAGAUAACUACAUCCGCUCCUGCAGAUUGCUCCCCGAUGGCCGCACCCUGAUUGUUGGUGGGGAGGCCAGCACGUUAUCCAUUUGGGACCUGGCAGCGCCUACUCCACGUAUAAAAGCAGAGUUGACAUCCUCGGCUCCCGCCUGCUAUGCACUAGCAAUCAGCCCCGAUUCCAAGGUGUGCUUCUCCUGUUGUAGCGAUGGGAACAUUGCAGUAUGGGACCUGCACAAUCAGACCCUGGUCAGGCAAUUCCAGGGCCACACAGAUGGAGCCAGCUGCAUUGACAUUUCUAAUGAUGGCACUAAGCUCUGGACGGGAGGCUUGGACAAUACUGUGAGAUCCUGGGACCUGAGGGAAGGGAGGCAACUGCAGCAGCAUGACUUCACAUCUCAGAUCUUUUCACUGGGCUAUUGCCCUACUGGAGAAUGGUUGGCAGUAGGGAUGGAGAACAGCAAUGUUGAAGUGUUGCAUGUCACAAAACCAGACAAGUAUCAGCUCCAUCUUCACGAGAGUUGUGUGUUAUCCCUUAAAUUUGCCCAUUGUGGAAAGUGGUUUGUAAGCACUGGAAAGGAUAAUCUUCUGAAUGCAUGGAGAACACCUUAUGGAGCCAGUAUAUUUCAGUCCAAAGAGUCAUCUUCUGUACUUAGCUGUGAUAUCUCUGUGGAUGACAAAUACAUUGUCACUGGCUCUGGGGACAAGAAGGCUACAGUCUAUGAAGUUAUUUAUUAGAGACAAAUCUGAAUGAAAACCCUACUCCUUCUAGUAGCACUUUGCUGUAUAUUACUUUUAUUUUUCUUGUUUCCCAAUCUGAGGGAUGAAAAUGUUCAACAUGGUUGUGGAAUUUUCCCACUAGACUUGCUAUUUAAUAGCAAGCACUCACUCAUUAAGAACAUAUAAAACCAAAUCUUCAGCUAUCUACUUGGAAGAAGAUGGAAUAAGCAUACUUAACAGGGAACUGACUCUUUUAAUUAUGUAAUAUAGCUGUAAUGUAUUUAUUUUGUUAAAGAAAUCUUUCUAACAAGGAACUGACUAAACAAAGUGGUCAGCGUCUGCCUUGGAUUUGAAGAGAGAAGUACAAUAAUGUGUCUCAAAGAUCAUCUUCAUUCUUUCUGGAUGUUUUUGCUACAUUUCUUUGAAAAGAAAGAUACACGCCUUUGGGCAAUUUUGCAGUUCUAAAGAUUACAGAAAAAAAUAUUUGAUACAUUCAUUGGAGAUGGCACUGAGAAAGGAAUGGAUUCUGACACGAAUACAAACUAUAAAAGUGAGGACCUCAGAGUUAGAAUUUAGGAAAGCACUCAUUCUGAAGUGCAGAACAAAAUGGAUUUUUCACUCAGAGAAGGACUUGCUUCCUUUACCACCAGUUCUAUCCAAGUCUUAGUUGAACGUCUCUGAAAUGGACGCAGGCUGAGCCAUUGUGCCAGAAACCAUGUGUUAUCUUUUUAUGUUGUUGUUGUUGCUGUUAAACUAUGACCUGUGACAUAUUCCUUUUGAAUGCUUUAAAAAAAAAAAAACCUUUUAAGUCUGUGGAUCUGCUGAUGUACAGUGCCUUUGCUGCUAUGGAUCAAAAUCAAAAGAACUGUGUAGAUAAACCUUUAUUGUGUAAGUAGAAAAUUACUUAAUUUCAUACUAGAAAUGGGUUAAUGCUGCAAGUUAAAAUGGACUGUUCAUUGAAGUUCCAAAUGUGGUAGCAAAUAAUAAUAUUAAUAAUAAUAAUGUGUUAAGUGCUCAGUGUUUGAUGUCAUUUCGUAAUUACUCUACAGUGUAGAAAGAUUUUGAUACUAAACUGUGUCAUUGUACAUAGGUCUAAUGCAUUGUAUUGACCACAAGUACUUCUAUAAUGGUAGGUUAUUGUUUGUGCAUUCAAACUUUUAAGCAUUAAACAUAAGUAACUUGUAAGAAAAGAUUUUUUUCUAGUUUUUCCUUCUUUUGUGUUCUACAGUAUGAAACCAGCAAACAGAUGUUACUGCUUUUUCAACUUACUCUAAGAACAUAUGAUGUAUAUUAAAAGGUA